GCCUCGUUUCUUUGACGCACCUCAAUUAUCAACGCCACUGCCGAGGGGCCAAACCUAAGAACAACCACCACCUGCACCCACAAACCACAAGGCAAAUACUAUAUCAAGCCGAGGCAGGACAGACAAAGCAGCACCCGGGUUCGUGACGACUCGCCGCCUGCUUUCCCUCUCACGAACAGCUCACGCGCGCACGCAAACACAGACACACAUACACAAACUCAGUACAUCCAGCGCACGCACAGCCAGGGCUAUUUUCGACGUGCGUCGGUCCACCAAGGAAAAGAAAGCGAACAAGAAAGAGGCGCGACCAGAGAAAGACGAGGCGUCGUCGUUGGCCGACGGACAGCAGAGAGAAGCAAACUAACAGAGUGAGAGCGCACGCAGACGAAAACAAGAAAAAAGCGACAGGCAGCACAACAUCACGACACAUCCCACCACCCCGUCAUCUACCGGCAUCACAAAACGCUAACGGCGACACAUACUUUGUGUACACAUACGCACGCUCGCUCGCACGCACGCACGCUCACACGCACAUGUCGCACCACCGCGACGUCAAGCCGCUGUGGCUCAUCCAGCCGUGCCUGGACGCCGGCGAGUACCGCGACAAGCUCAUCGGCAGCGUCGUCAAGUACCCGGACCUGCCGACGGAGCGGCGCGUGCCCUACCGCUCGGCCAAGCUGCCGCGGGAGCUGGUGGCGGACCUGGACCCCAAGCCGCUGACGGUGCACAACGUCAACUUCUGGAAGCGCAACAUCAAGGACGGGGCCGUGCGCGCCUCGGUCGGCGACCUCAUCGACGUCUUCGUCGACCGCGCCCGCGGCGACGCCAGCGCCCGCACCGCCACCGUCGCCCGCGUGUGGCACAUGGACUCCCCCGGGGAAAAGUUCAAGGAGCUGCUGCGCGACAAGCAGUACUUUGAGGAGCUCUUCGACCUGCUGCGCGACAGCCACGGCCAGCAGGCCUACUUUGUCACCGACGUCGUGACCCUCGCCAACCUCGAGGUGGCCGAGACGUCGGGCUCGCACGCCGGCGCCGGCGCCCAGGCCCGCCUGCCGGUGCCCCUCGACGGGGGUCCGGGCCUCGCGGUGGCGGGCGCCUCCCUGCUGCCCACCUCGCCGACGGCCGUGGGCGCCUCGGCGACGGCCCGGGUGACGCGCGAGGGCGGCUUCUCGGGCACGUACGAGGGCGAGACGGUCGUCUUCCUCGGCUACAGGCAGGUGCUGCUCGAAAAGGUGGACGGCACGCGGGCGAAGCUGCGCCGCGCGGUCCUUGGCCAACAGCGCAAGGGCUACGCCGUGCGCGACAACUUCGACUACUGGCCCGCCGUCGUGGACAAGCCGGCGCCCGGCAACGCCAACUGGAUGGGCACGCCGCAGACGCCCGCCGUCGAGGUGCCCGAGGGCGCCCUCAUGGGCGAGGCCGGUGCCGGCAAGGACCACGACGGCGAGCGUGCACAGAAAGAUGUCCACGACGACGACGACUACGAUGACGAGAUGCGGGCGCAGGAUCAGGCGGACCGCGAGACGGUGGAGCAACUGCAGCUUGACCUGGUCGUGGUGGGCUAGGCCCGGCAAGGGAGACCCGGAUGAUGGCGUCUUUUCUUCUUUGUGUUGCUUUUGGCUUUGCGGAAGCACGAGGAAGGAGAACAAGAAGAAGAAGAGAAAGACGACGACGACUACGAUGAGAACGAUGAUACUGACGGCGAUGCACAGAAAUAAGCAUCGACGGGGGCAUGGCUGGCGCUUUGUGUCUUUUCCAUGUGGCAUGCGCACAUGCACGUAAAUCGACGGCGACGGCGACGACGACGGCGGCCAAGGCACUCGGAGAGAUAGUAUAGGGCUUUGGGAACUGUGCUUGACUGUGCGAGAAGGCGGGUGGCGAUAACGGACUGCGUGUACAGAAUAGACAAGUGCGAUGCGAGCUCGAGGCCUUGGUAGUCGUCAGUGCGAAAUAUACAUUUUUUUUCUCCCC